UCUCUCUCUCUCUCUCUCUUUCCCUUUCCCUCUCUCUCUCCACACCCAAGGUGAUACAAGAUGCCUUUGAAUGGUGAGAAGCAGUGUGUGAACGAGGACCAGCAGAGUGAUUCAGAGUCUUCUCGGUUCUCCGAAAGCAUGGCUUCGCUCAGUGACUAUGAGUGUUCCAGGCAGAGCUUCACCAGCGAUUUCUCCAGCAAAUCCAGCUCUCCUGCCUCUACAAGCCCUCCCAGGGGUGUGAUGUUUGAUGACGUGAUGGCUGCAGCAAAGAACUUAGCAGACAUGACUCUUGCUCAUGAAAUAGCUGUAAAUGAGAACUUCCAGUUGAAGCAAAAUGCCCUCCCAGAGAACAGCCUUGCUGGUCAAGUGAAACGUGUUGUUCACCAGGCCUUCUGGGAUGUCUUGGAAGCAGAUCUCAAUGCUGAGCCUCCUCAGUAUGAAUAUGCCAUCAGACUGUUUGAAGAAAUCAGAGAGAUUCUCCUCUCUUUUCUUACUCCUGGUGGGAACAGGCUUCACAAUCAGAUCUGUGAGGUUUUGGACAUUGACCUCAUUAGACAGCAGGCUGAGCACGGUGCUGUUGACAUUCAAGGUCUGGCCAACUAUGUCAUCAACACCAUGGGGAAGAUGUGUGCUCCUGUGAGAGAUGAAGACAUCAGAGAGUUGAAGGCUACUACCAACAUCGUGGAGAUGCUGAGACAAAUAUUCCGUGUCUUGGACCUCAUGAGAAUGGACAUGACGAAUUUUGUCAUUAAGAAUAUUAGACCUCACAUUCAACAUCAUUUGGUGGAAUAUGAGAGAAACAAAUUCCAGGAAAUUUUAGAAGAAACUCCAAAUGCCCUCAGCCAGACUAUGGAAUGGCUAAAAGAGUCUGUAGAUGAAGAACGCCUUUCUGAGACUGCUGUGUCUCCUGGAACUGAACAGAGUCCCACACCAAGCCUAAGCCCUCUGUUGGUGCUAAAUAACUGUUACUUGAAACUACUUCAGUGGGAUUAUCAGACAAAGGUCUUACCAGAGACACUCGUGACAGAUGGAACACGGCUCCAGGAGUUGACAGAAAAGCUGAAUCAAUUGAAAAUGAUCGCCUGCUUGUCCCUCAUUACCAACAACAUGGUGGGUGCUAUUACAGAGGGCCUUCCUGAGCUUGCAAGCAGGUUAAAAAGGAUUCCAGCUGUUCUACUCGAAGGCAUGAAUAAAGAGACCUUUAACUUGAAGGAAGCCCUGAAUUCCAUUGGUAUUCAGACUUGUGCUGAAGUUAAUAAGGCCCUGAAAGAGAGAGGUUUGCCCACUUUAAAUGCUGAGGUUCAAGCUAAUCUCAUCGGUCAGUUUUCAAGCCUCGGAGAGAAGGACAAUCCUGUCUGUACCUUGAUGGAUAAACGGAUCCAGUUGUACAUGAAAAGCCUACUCUGUCUUCCAAGCACUCAGAAAAGCAUGCCUCCCAUGCCAGGGGGCCUUGGCGUCAUUCAUCAAGAGCUGGAGGUGCUUGGCUGUCAAUACGCAAACAUCGUGAAUCUCAACAAACAGGUGUAUGGACCAUUUUAUGCAAAUAUAUUCCGAAAGCUGCUUUUCCAGGAUGAAGCUGUGGGGAAGAUAGAUGCUUCACUUCCAACUAACUAAAGAGAAGCUGGCACUUGGGAAGAGAUGGAGAUUGGCACUUGGUACGAGAUGGAGAUCGGCACUUGGUACACGGUCCAUUUCUACCAAUGGCAUUUUAGAUGGGGCACAGUCUCAGUACUGUCCCUAGCGCAGUGUUAGACUGAAUUUGUGUAACCUGGUAAUGUUAGCAUCACAGAGGGGCCACAUAUGCUAUAGAUUCUUUGUGUAUCAUUUCUGAGUUCAAGGCAGACAUUUUAAUGAAGAAAAAUAAUUUUUAAUGAAUUAUAUCACCAGAAUAAUAUAUAUCACUGGUGUUUUCUUAAAAGCAUUUUUAUUGAGUAUUUAUAUGUGGCUUGUUAUUCAACCUGAAAGGAGUUGUUUUGUUUAUAUACUUGAUUAUACUGCAGUUGUCUGCAGGAAUACAAUGUGCAAACAUUUAAAAAAUACCUUGAAAAUGAAGGGCAUUCUGCUUUUUUUUUUUUUUUUUUUUUUUUUGUGGAAAAGUAAAUUUGUGUCUGGAGUCGAGAUAGCCAAGUACAUUUAUUAGGGUUUUUGAUCUUAGUUCUUGGCAUGUUUAUUUAGUUUCUACUUAAAGAUUCACUUAUACUUUUGAAACUUUCCUAACAUGGUUGUUUUGUAAUAAAAAACUUUAUUAAACAGCAGACAUGGUAA